AUGGCUGCUGCAAUGGACGACAGGAAUCGAUCAUUAAAACAGGCCCUCAUAGAUAGCCUGACAGCCAUCCUGUCGCCAGAUCAACAAUCUAGACAGAUGGCUGAAGAACAGCUCAAGGUUCUCGAGGUCACGGAAGAAUUUGGUGUCCAUUUAGCAGAACUCACAGUUGACAGAGAGGGAGCCCUUGCUAUCAGACAACUUGCCUCAGUCAUUCUAAAGCAGUAUGUUGAAGCCCACUGGAAUAGCAGUGCUGAGAAAUUUAGACCUCCUGAGACUACAGAUGCUGCCAAGGAAGAGAUUCGUCGUCUUUUACCAGGAGGGCUACAGGAAUCAAUCAGUAAAGUCAGGUCAAGUGUGGCAUAUGCAAUCUCAGCCAUAGCAUACUGGGAUUGGCCAGAAGCUUGGCCGCAUUUGUUUGGGAAUCUGAUGCAAGCAUUGACAAGUGGGGAUGGCAAUUUGGUUCAUGGAGCCAUGAGAGUUUUAACAGAGUUCUGCCGUGAGGUGACAGACACACAGAUGCCUCAUGUUGCACCUGUGAUCCUGCCUGAAAUGUACAAGAUAUUCAUUCAUGCAGAGAAGUACAGUAUCAGAACAAGAUCCCGCGCUGCAGAUAUAUUUAAUACUUGUGCAUCACUAAUCUGUGCAAUGGAAGAAGAUGCAAUGGGUAUUGCCAAGGAUGUCCUCUUUCCUCUUCUUCCACAAUUCACCCAAGCAUUUGUUGAAGUUCUGGCAAUGUCUGAUAGUCCCACAGUUGAUUGUGGCUUGAAGAUGGAAGUGCUUAAAGCAUUAACGACAUUGGUUAAGAACUACACCAAACAAAUGGCACCACACCUAAUGCAGAUUCUUCCUCACAUGUGGAAUACAUUGACUCAGAGUGCUGAUCGAUAUGUCCGCACAGUUGUAAAUUACACUGAUGAUGCAGAUGACCCUGUGGAUUCUGAUGGAGAAGUGUUGGGAUUUGAGAAUCUUGUUUUCAGUGUUUUUGAGUUUAUCCAUGGACUUAUAGAAACACCAAAAUUCAAGAAAACCGUCAAGAAGUUUUUAGAUGAACUUAUUUAUUUCUUGGUGUUGUACAUGCAAAUCACAGAGGAGCAGGUUCAAGUGUGGACAUCUAAUCCUAAUCAAUUUGUUGAAGAUGAGGACGAUGAUACAUUUUCGUUUUCUGUUCGCAUUGCGGCUCAAGAUGUUCUCUUGGCAGUUGCUGCUGACUUUAAAAAUGAAAGUGCAGUCGCAUUGACAAAAGCACUCAACAGACAUUUACAGGAAUCAAAUGAACGAAAAAGCAAAGGAGAUGUUAAUUGGUGGAAAAUACACGAGUCGUGCAUGUUGGCAAUGGGUUGUAUUAAAUCACUUAUUAUUGACAAAGUCUCCAAUGGCAAGGUUUCUAUAGAUAUGGCGUCAUUUCUCACCCAGGUUGUGCUAACAGACCUUCAGGAAUCAGUAUCGCCUUUCCUCAUCGGUCAAGCGUUAUGGGUGGCAAGUCGUUUUACUCCUCUAAUGUCUCAAGAACUUUUAACAAGCUUCAUCGAAGCAUCCGUCACGGGUCUUCAGUCAGCACAGUUACCUGCAGUUCGAAUAUCAGCUGUUAGAGCUAUUUAUGAAUUCUGUGCCCAUCUUAAGAUGUCAAAUAAUACUCAGAUCCUAACGCCGUACCUUGUCAAGAUUAUGGAAGGGUUACUAACCAUGGCGACUCAAACGACAGACGAUGUGCUGGCUCUCGUUCUCGAGUCUCUUAGAAUAGUCAUGUCGGUUAACAAGGAAUUUACAACGUCUUGUGAAGGAAAAAUAACACCGCUGACGAUAGCGCUCUUUAUUAAGUAUGCUCACGAUGCGGCUCUUAUUCCGUUGAUAGAGGACUUAUUCAAAGAACUUGCCAUGAUAGAGGCUUGUAACAAGCUUUUACAACAGAGGUUUCUGCCGACAUUAAUAAGUAUUUUUCAAGCUCCGCCAGAAAAGACACCUUUAGGAAUAAAUGCUGUCUGUAUGGAUAUCCUAUGUAACAUCAUUCGGUGCACACAGCCUCCCCUUUCCGAUCUGCUACUGAACUCUGUGUUUCCUGUCGUUGUCAAAACAAUACUCGGCUCUGAUGACAAUGCGGUGUUGCAGGGAGGCGGACAGUGCCUUCGUGCAUUUGUCUACGUAUCUCCUGAGCAGAUGAGUGCUUGGCGGGAUUCUCAAGGAAAUAGCGCCAUUUCUUACGUUGUUCGAGCAACUUCACACCUACUCGACCCUAGGGCUCCAGAGUUCACGGCCUCCUUUGUUGGUAGACUGGUGACUACUUUAAUCAGUAAGGUCGGAAGUAACCUCGGGGACAACCUUGAUUUGCUUUUAAGAGGAGUCCUUAGCAAACUUCAACAGGCAGAAACGUUAAGUAUAAUACAGUCACUGGUCCUUUCGUUUCUUCAUUUAAUGAACAGUCAGCUAGAAACGAUCCUCAAUUUUCUAAGUGGAGUCCCAGACCCAACAGGCAAAUCAGCGCUGGAGUAUGUGGUCAGGAUAUGGUGUGCAAGGCAACCCGAGUUCUUUGGCGUAUAUGACAGUAAAGUGAGUACUAUGGCCCUUUGUAAUGUACUACAGUUCUUCGUGAACACUGGUGACAAAAGACUUUCAAGUAUCAUUGUGAAAGGCGAGAGGAUUUUUCAGCAAGAUGAAGGUAUCCGAACAAGAUCAAGAGCUGCUAAAGCUCCCGAGCAGUGGACAUUGAUUCCUGUUCCAGUCAAGCUCUUUAAAUUAAUCAUCAAUGAGCUGGGCACGUUACUGGAAAGUGCUACGGCGGGUGACGAGCAUGAGGACGGGGACUCGGACGACGGAGAGGAGGGUUGGGAGGACGUGAAUGAUGAAGAAGAAGGCAUCGAUGCUUCUGGAUCACCUUUUGCGCCUGCCUCGGAUUACUUAGGUUUUGAUCAAGAAGACUUUGAAGAUGAAGAUGAUGAUGACCCAGAGAUAAAGAGUGAUCCUAUUUACACACUUGAUUUACAGAGUCACUUGAUCAAGUUUCUACAGACGUUCGCUCAACAACAGUGUUAUCCGAGCUACUUACAAGCACUGAAUGCACAGGAGCGACACACCUUAUCCAAGAUCGGAAUUGCUUCGUAAAAAGCUGCAGGGGUUUCCUAUUAUAAAAUACCCUCAGUCACAAGACAAGACAAGCAAGGAGAAAAAUACUGCGUUGAAGCGUGACUUUCUACUGUUGUAUCUGAUAUGUGACUGCGAACUUGCACAAAGGCGGGAAACGCGGUCCCUUCGGAGCUCAGAGUGAAAACUAAAUGUGAACGGAUUUGCAAAUGAACUUCUAGGUAGCGGCUGAAAAUACAGUAAUAUAAGACACGAAUAAUUUAUUUGAGAAAAAGAGUGCGGUUUGGGGCGCAGAAAGCCGGAUUCGCUGGAAGCAGCGAUAGAGGAAAUUAGUGGUUAACUGAGCUCAAGCUUGCGCACCAGGUAAUAUUUCUUUUGGCAGGUAGAAUUCUCGAGGCCGAUCUAAAUGUGUGAGAGGGAGUGUAGUUCGAUGUUAAUCUAGCAGAACGUCUGUGACAUUGAACUGUUCGUAAAAAAAUUCAAGUUUAUUCGCGAUUUUUAGAAAGUAUUUGUAGAAUGGAAACUUGAAAAUAUGCUGACAGAUAAUAUCAAAAUUACGGAGCCUUUUGAGCCUAUGCUGGCGAGAGACUUUAAGAGGCUGGAGCUUUACACAUUUCCUUCCUUUCAUCUUACAGAGAAAUAUUUUUCCCCUUUUUUUUGUUUUUUGUUAAAGACUUAAAGCGGUGAUAUUGUGGAGCUCUAGUUGAUAUAUUAGCUAUAUCCUUGUUGCUUAAUCGGCGUAAAACUAUCCACAGGUGGAAAUGUUUGAAAAAUGUUUUAAAAAUGUUUUAAAAAUGCUGAAUAUUUACCAAAGGACUUUUGUAGGGCAGAGAGGUUCUAGGAGAUUUUCAUGUGAACUGCUCUGUUUUGUUGCAAAAAUGAUCACCACCACUACGACUAGAAUCAAAAGGAUUAGAGGCAAACGAUAAAUGAUACGUUAGCCCCGACAAAUCAAAGUCCUGUGAAAAAUAGCUACCUGAACGUAUGCCCUUGGCAGUUGAAGAAAUUUUCAGAAUUUACGAGCGAAACUUCGCGUUAUGUUUCCGGCCAAAUCGCUGGCUUAACUGCGCUAUUGCACAUUUGUGAUUCCCUGUUUGUAAAUGGUAUAGUGUAAUUAUAGGUAGGAAUUUGCAAAUAAAGAAGCUCGUUAAACCAAUACGUCAAGGUUAUUUU